GGUUUUUAAUUUCUCCAUCAAAAACCAAACGAGUUUUGUUCCAAUAUAUGCCUUUCAGACAUAUUUUACUGUGGUAUAUUGACAUGUAGAUUCUUUUUUUUUUAAAUAUCUAAGAUCUCUAAGAAGAAGAACAAAAAGAAAAACAAAUAGCUUGUUGUAUUACACUGUGACUCAUUUAUUACUAAAGUAAUAAGCCUAACUUUUUUUCUUACCUAAAUCUAUUUUGAACGGAGGGAAAUUCUGAUUUUGAAAUUUUGAAGGACUUCCACUCACUGGAGGGUGGUACAACAAUCGACUACGAGAGAUCAUACACAUGAAGAAGAAGGAGUAUGCCCAAAUAUGAGCAUGGAGCAGUAAUAGCUAGCUUGUUAGCUAGCUAAAUACUAGGAAGUUUGUUUACGACGGGCGAGAAUAUUUCCAAAUUUUUCUCCAAGUAGGCUUAAAUAUUUGGAUAAGCAUUCCUCUUCUAAGAAUGAGUGCAACAGGUUCAAUGUUUGCUCGUUUUAUUUUAAUUUUGAUCUAAAUAUUGAGAUGUUAGAACGGUUACUCCACAGAGUGGAUAAAGUGUAAGAACUGAUUUUAACCGGAGUUUAAGGAUAUUUAAACUAUGCCGGUGGACUGCAGCUUGUCGCCACCUCCACCUCCUCCACUGGCUGCUUGUCCGCCUCCUCCUCCACCAGCAUCAGCACCACCAAAGAAACUUUACCAGAUCAUAGCCAGCAACAGCAGCCCUGUAGAGGGACAGUACACCGAGGCAAGGUCACUGCUGAAGCAGAAGGAGAGCAGUUUCAGGAAAGACCUUCAGUGGAUUCUGGUGAACACAUAUGUGCCUUCGCUCAUUCAGAAUGGACCACAGUGUGGUCUUGUGGCGUUGUGGAUGGCCGCUCACCUCCAGCAGAACAAGCUGGAUUUGGACAUGAAGACUUUGGUUCAAACAGCAAUGAACAAAGAAUACACAGCUCAGGGGGAAAUGUUUUCAGCCCACAACAUGAGCCUGCUGGCAGAAGAGGCUUGUGGUUGUAAGGCUGAAGUGCUCUCUGGAGGUUUGGAUGGCAGUAAUAGAGAAACCAUCAUCAGACACCUGUGGAGAGGACAGCCUGUUCUCAUCCCCUAUGAUGAGGACUUCAACCAUGAACCAUGUCAGCGAAGCGGUCACAGAGCACACUGGGCUGUCAUUUCAGGAGUUGUCGUUGGUUUAGAGCAGGGGAGUGUCAGUAAAGAGCACACUCGCCCAGAUCCAACGCUGCCGUGGCUCCACCUCGCCACCAGCAGCAGUUCACCGUGUCCUGCUGGCGACCCGGCUCUCAGGGAGGCCUACGUCCUCGCCAAGCAGGGUAAAAGUCUGCGCUACCAGCUGUGGAGCCUCGACAGUGUUAUUAAGAGCAAUGAGCAGCUGAAGAGCAUGGACCCUCAGAGAGUCAACGACGGGACCCGGUAUGUCGUUCCUGAAGGAGGGGUGGAAGCUGGUCUGGCUGGACGGGCGGUGUUGCUCCACACGCAAACUCAAGAAUAACAAGGGUGAUGCUGCAAACUCAAAGGUCAUUUCAGAGGUCUUUUCAUGCCACAUGAGACAUAUCCACCUGUAGAUAGAAGCCUUUUGAAAUAAAUCUUUAUUUAUGGCUUGUUUUAUUUCUUUCUUUAAAAAUAUGAUAAAAAAUGAAACUUAAAAUUAAAGAAAACAAACCAAAACCUUUGACGGUAAGUUUAUUGCAGAUUGUGGCUGAGAAACAAUUUCUGCCCAAAGUUUUUUGCAAAUGUAUAACACCCUAAAAAUACAAAACAUUGUUCAUAUCCACUUCAUAUGACAAACCUGUAUUCAUUUCAAAAAGGUUUAUUGCAUUUGUCGCUUCAGAAUUCUUAAAACUUUUCAAAGAGGAAAAAAAAAGAAUACUUGAAGUUUUUAACAAUCCGUCUCUUAUAGAAAGUUGAUGUGAUACUGUUGGAAGAUCCAUGAAUUGCUGCAGUUAACCUGCAGAAAACACUGUCCAGUACAGGAAUGACAGGCUCAACAGCAUUUGGUUUUUCCUUUGAACUCUCAUGAAUUUUAAAAUUUUGACCACAUUUCAUUUAGUGUAGCUACAUACAGUUUAUAAAGAUGUUCUCAAGUGGAAGUUUUCUUUCUUUUGUGGGAAUAUUUCCACUUGAGGUUACAAAAAAAGUCCAGUACCUGCAUUUGUUUGCCUUCUUUUCUUAGAUUUAAUCUUGGAAAAAGUAUUUUUUAAAAAUUAAAACUGCAAAAUCUCUUCUGAAUUCUUCUAAGAGUUGUAAAUAAAAUUCCAGUUUUAUGUGAACUGUCACACCGUUGCAUUCCUGUGGAGCCGAUGAGAACGUCAGCAAAGAGAACCGAACACCAAAAGCGAAAUUCACGAACUGUAACCACAGCUUUUCACGGCUGCCCUCUGACAGAGGCACUGCGUGUUUUGUUCGAUGGCUUUGUGAGGAUCUAUAGUGCAAUACAGUCAAAAAAAAUACAGCUCUUAACUUGUUCACGGUUCAUUAAAAAAAAAAAAAAAAAAAAAAA